ACAAAGGGCGGGCACGCGCACGUCCUUACGCACGCCUGGGCAGGCAGCGGCAGGCCCCGGCAGGAGGGACCGGCGCAGCAGGGAUUUGGAGUCUCGGAUCCUCGAGGUUGCCCUCAAGGUCCAGAGAGGCUCAGUGACUUGGCCAGCUCUACAGGGAUUAAGAAGAUGCACUGAGGCUGGGGAGACAUCUCCCAACUCCACGCUCCCUUUUUUCACUGUACCAUACUGCUUGCCUUUAGGUCGUCUUCAGGAAAGAGAGAUGUGUGGAAGGUCUGUGACUGAAAGUUCUCACAGUGAAGGAUUGGACGGCUUUGGCAGCAUGUAAGCAACUUAUUGCCAAGAACUCGGGUCACCGCUGAGAAAGGGGACCUUAGGGAGAAGAAUAUCCAGAGGAGACCAAUGCCAGGAGCGUCUGGAAUUUCACUCACCGCAGGCAGUAUGAGACAUUCUGUGCCAGCAUCUGUGUCCUACUGGCAAAGACUGUAGCUCUCCAGGUAGGAGGGCCCUGGAAGCAGCGUGCACCAGGAAGCCUCUCUAGAGGAAGAAUGGGGCCAGAUAUGAACUCUCUACAAUGAACACAAUUUUCAGCUUAUGAAGGAAUUUUAAGUAAAACAAUUAUUUAAUUUCCACAUAUUCAAGUUCAGUAGCCUUCUGUGUGAAGUGCCAGCAGUCACACACACCCCCUCCCCCAACCACAGGAGUUAAUCAGGAUUUUUCUGGCAUCAAGUUGAACUCUUCUUGGUACUUCUGGCAAUGACGAAUCUUCAAGACAGAUUUAUCUGCUGAAUGCUCUUGGGCAGGAAAAUAAAGUAAAACUUCUGGAAGCCGUAGAAAGGUGGCAGAGCACAGAUCCCUCCUCACUGCUCAGUCACAGAAAGGCAGCCUGGACUCGAAUGCUCAUAAGUGAAGAUUGGUCCUGCCUUGCUCACCUCCAGAGCCCAUCUGUUCCAGGAGAUCCAGUGUUUUCGGGCUGCCUGCUGUGUGUGGCUCUUUUUGUUACCAUUCUCCUCCCAAGCCGUUGAAUGGUGUGAACUUUGGAAUGGAGUCUGCUCGCUGCUGGGGACUCGCUUCCUUCCCCAGGCUGCUGCUGUCUUGAGAGGGCCGUCUGAAGGCUGCGCUUUGUUCUUGGGGAGGAGGCGUCAGCCUGGCCUGGAUCCUCCACCAUGUUCCUGCUGCUGCCUUUUGAUAGCCUGAUUGUCAACCUCCUGGGCAUCUCCCUGACUGUCCUCUUCACCCUCCUCCUUGUUUUCAUCAUAGUCCCCGCUAUUUUUGGAGUCUCCUUUGGUAUUCGAAAGCUCUACAUGAAAACUUUGUUAAAAAUUUUUGCGUGGGCGACCUUGAGAAUGGAGAGAGGAGCCAAAGAGAAGAACCACCAACUCUACAAGCCCUAUACCAAUGGAAUUAUUGCAAAAGAUCCCACUUCACUAGAAGAAGAGAUCAAAGAAAUUCGUCGAAGUGGCAGCAGUAAGGCUCUAGAUAAUACUCCAGAGUUUGAGCUCUCUGACAUUUUCUACUUUUGCCGGAAAGGAAUGGAAACCAUUAUGGAUGAUGAGGUGACAAAGAGAUUCUCAGCAGAGGAGCUGGAGUCCUGGAACCUGCUGAGCAGGACCAAUUACAACUUCCAGUACAUCAGCCUCCGGCUCACUGUCUUAUGGGGCUUAGGCGUGCUGAUUCGGUACUGCUUCCUGCUGCCUCUCAGGAUAGCCCUCGCUUUCACAGGGAUUAGCCUUCUGGUGGUGGGCACAACCAUGGUGGGAUACUUGCCCAACGGGAGGUUUAAGGAGUUCAUGAGUAAACAUGUUCACUUAAUGUGUUACCGGAUCUGCGUGCGCGCCCUGACAGCCAUCAUUACCUACCACGACAGGAAAAACAGACCUAGAAACGGUGGCAUCUGUGUGGCCAAUCAUACCUCUCCCAUCGACGUCAUCAUUUUGGCCAGUGAUGGCUAUUAUGCCAUGGUGGGUCAAGCGCACGGGGGACUCAUGGGUGUGAUUCAGAGAGCCGUGGUGAAGGCCUGCCCUCACAUCUGGUUUGAGCGCUCUGAGGUGAAAGAUCGCCACCUGGUGGCUAAAAGACUGAGUGAGCACGUGCGGGAUAAAAGCAAGCUGCCUAUCCUCAUCUUCCCAGAGGGAACCUGCAUCAAUAAUACAUCAGUGAUGAUGUUCAAAAAGGGAAGUUUUGAAAUUGGAGCCACGGUUUACCCAGUUGCUAUCAAGUACGACCCUCAGUUCGGUGAUGCCUUCUUUAACAGCAGCAAAUAUGGAAUGGUGACGUACCUGCUGCGAAUGAUGACCAGCUGGGCCAUUGUCUGCAGUGUCUGGUACCUGCCCCCCAUGACCAGAGAGACAGAUGAAGAUGCCGUCCAGUUUGCGAAUAGGGUGAAAUCCGCCAUUGCCAGACAGGGAGGACUCGUGGACCUGCUGUGGGACGGUGGCCUGAAGAGGGAGAAGGUGAAGGAUGCGUUCAAGGAGGAGCAGCAGAAGCUGUACAGCAAGAUGAUCGUUGGGAACCAUGAGGACAGGAGCCGGUCCUGAGCCGGUCCUGAGCCCGUGCCUCACGCUGCUGGCUGCUGGAGCCGACGUACCCGAAUCCUGCCGCGGGGCCAGCCGGAGUCCUCGCCGCCGCUCCCCACUGCUGCACUCUUUCCAGACUCCGGCCUGCAGGCUGCUCUGGGUCCCAGGACGCCAGCUUCUUCAGAGCUGCCCGGAUCCCUGGGCUUGCUGUUGGAAGUGGGCACUUCGGGGUGUCGCCACCCUGGACGAGAUGACUUCUCGUUUCUUUUACAAUGAGUCCGUUGGAGGAAUGCCAUUAAAGUCAGCUCUCCACCUGUGCACACACGGGGCUGCGUGGUUGGGAACAAUCAAUCACGGUCCAUACUCCGGCCAACAAGAUGUUUGUUAGUCUGUUACAGAUGCCCAUGUGCCAGGGACUUGGCUGGGGGUGGGCCGCCUGCUCGCGAGGAGAAGCAGUGUGGCCCGCCGGCCUGAGCAUCGCCGCGGCUUUGGAGCUCUGCAGGCUCGCUACAGAGAAACUUGUCUGCAGGGGCUUUCGGCCAAGGGAAGUUCUGACACCUCACCAAAGGGGAGGGCAGGAGGCAGGACGGACCUGUGACUAGUGUGUGGUGGGCACCAGGAGUCAUUUCCUGUGCCAGCUCCAGUGGUCACCUCAGACUCCCAUGUGACUUGCUCUUCAUUAACAUGUGCCUCAGCUUCCCCAUCUGUGACCUGGAUCAGGAGGGGAAGGUGGCGAUACCUACCUCACAGGGUUGUUGUGGGGAUCGAAGCGCUACCCUCGUGGAGGACAGCGGAGCUCGGCGUUCCCAGUGUAGCCCUAGGCAGGACGGGGUCCGGGCUCCGCGAGGCUGCCAGGGCGCGCUGCCGCCGGGCCGGAGUGGCUUUGUGAGUAAUAAAGUUGUCUUUGAUGGUGAACGA